GUUGGAAAGUGAGUGUUGUCGCCGCCCAAGCCAGCGGUAACGAACGAGCGAGCGAACCGCAUAUGCGGCCGGUCGUUGUCUGCGCCUGAAGGGCAAUGGCCACGCCAUGAAGCUGCGCCUGCUCUUCGGGUGCCGUUUCGUGGUGAGGGAUGCAGACGGCGCCGUUACGGGUCCAGCUGCGUCCACCCGGAAUCGAACAACCUGCAUCCAUCGAGCAUGGUCCCUGAAGUGGCCGAGGCAGAGCAAUCCUGAGGAUCUGCGACUUGGACACUGGACACUUGGACAUUUGGACAUUUGGACAUUUGGACACCCAGCAUCGGAUUAUCAGCAUCACAGCAUCGCAGCAUCGCAGCAUCGCAGCAUCGCAGCAUCGCAGCGUCACGUAUCCAUGCUUCCCGCAUCCAAGACCCGGCCCUGCUCUUUCUCGGCCUGCAGCCCUCGUCGGGCCUGAUCGGUUGAUCCAUCGCGGCUCCAGCAUCUCCACCCAGCUCAACGCGCUGGUCUCUCUUGGUCCCUCGCCCUUCCCUCGUCUCUCAUUCAUCCAUCGC